GAGACAGAUCCAGCAAGGCGGCACCCACACCCAGGCAAACUGGCAACCACAAGCUAUCGUCUGGUCGUGGCCCCGGCCAACAGCCAGCGGAACUCCGGCGGCAGCAAUGUGGUAGUGACAACCACCGGCGGCAAUGGCGGUCCCAAUUCCAGCGGCGGCAACGGGAGCAAUGGCAGCUCUGGGAGCGGAGGCCUCAACGUGACGACCAUCACGACGACGAGCAGCGGCAGCCACAGUCACAGCCAGGUGCAGUCCGGCGGUAGCCAGAGCAACGGCACCACCUACAAGAUCGAGAUGCUCGACGAGGAAAUCCAGAGCCUGGGCAGCGACGACGACGAGGAGGAUCUAAUCAGCAGUGAUGGGAGCCUGUACGACGCGGAGCUCGGCUCGAUACCGGUCAACGAUGAUGUCGCCCAUCAGCUGGCCGCCGCCGGACCGGUCGGUGUGGCGGCGGCAGCGGCCAUCGCCAGCUCAAAGAAGCGCAAGCGGCCGCACUGCUUCGAGACGAACCCGUCGGUGCGCAAGCGGCAACAGAACCGGCUGCUGCGCAAGCUGCGUGGCAUCAUCUACGAGUUCACGGGUCGCGUCGGCAAGCAGGCGGUAGUGCUGGUGGCAACGCCAGGCAAGCCCAACACCAGCUACAAGGUAUUCGGCGCCAAGCCGCUGGAGGAUGUGCUGCGCAACCUGAAGAACAUCGUCAUGGACGAGCUGGACAAUGCGCUGGCGCAGCAGGCGCCGCCACCGCCCCAGGACGAUCCGUCGCUGUUCGAGCUGCCCGGUCUGGUGAUCGACGGGAUACCAACGCCCGUCGAAAAGAUGACCCAGGCCCAGCUGCGGGCGUUCAUUCCACUGAUGCUCAAGUACUCGACGGGACGGGGCAAGCCCGGCUGGGGACGGGAGUCGACGCGGCCACCCUGGUGGCCCAAGGAACUGCCGUGGGCCAAUGUGCGGAUGGAUGCCCGCUCCGAGGACGACAAGCAGAAGAUCAGCUGGACGCACGCGCUGCGCAAGAUCGUGAUCAACUGUUACAAAUAUCAUGGACGGGAGGACCUGCUGCCGACCUUUGCCGAUGACGAUGACAAGGUGAACGCUUUGAUCUCGCAAUCGGGUGACGAGGACGAGGACAUGGAGCUAUCCAGCACGCCCACCAUCCACACAGUGACAACAAUGACGCCACCGUCAGGGAACAGCAAUCAGCCGCAGCAGGUCAAUGUGGUGAAGAUCAACAGCGCCGGUACGGUGAUCACCACCCACACGGCGCAGACCAACUCCCCGGCCCCGACGAUUAUCCAGAGCACCAACAACCAGCACGUGACCACCACGGCCACUCUGCCGGCCUCCACCAAGAUCGAGAUAUGCCAGGCGCCGGCCCAACAACACCACCAGCAGCAGCAGCAGCAGCACCAGCAACAACAGCAGCAACAGCAGCAGCAGCAACAGCAGCAACAGCAUCACCAGCAGCAACAGCAGCAGCACCACCAGCAGCAGCAACAACAGCACCACCAGCAGCACCACCUCCCCGCCGGCAGCACCGUUCACAUUCAGCCCAUAAGCGGCGGCCAGCCGCAGACCAUACAGCUGACGACCGCCAGCGGGACGACCACGGCCACCGCUGUUCCAACGACGGCCGCCGCCGUAAGUGCCGCCGCCCAGGCAGCGGCCGCAGCCCAGAAUUCGGCCGCCCAGACUGUCACUGCCCAACAGAUUGCGAAUGCCCAAGUUUGCAUCGAGCCCAUAACGCUGAGCGACGUUGAUUACACCACGCAGACUGUUCUCUCGCAGAACGCUGAUGGCACGGUGUCCCUCAUCCAGGUGGAUCCCAACAAUCCCAUUAUCACGCUGUCGGACGGCACAACCGCCCAGGUGCAGGGCGUGGCAACGCUGCAUCAGGGCGAGGGUGGAGCCACCAUCCAGACCGUACAAAGUCUCACCGAUGUCAACGGGCAUGAGAACAUGACCGUGGAUCUGACCGAGACGCAAGAUGGCCAAAUCUAUAUCACCACCGAGGAUGGGCAGGGCUAUCCCGUCUCCGUGAGCAAUGUGAUCUCGGUACCCGUCUCCAUGUACCAGUCAGUGAUGGCCAAUAUGCAGCAGCUGCAGACGAACAGCGACGGCACCGUGUGCCUGGCCCCCAUGCAGGUAGAUACCAGCGCCACGCGCACCUCCAGCUCGGCCUCAGGGUCCCAGCCGCCGGCCACCCAACAAUCCCUGCAGUGCUACUCGCUGAUCAGCCCCGGCCAUGCCCUUCUGGGCAGACGCGGUGGCGGUGGCAGUGGCGCUACCUUGGGGCAACACCACCAGUCGCUCACAUUGCAGGCAGCUCCGGGGGCGCGCUACUAUCUGGCGGCAGCGCCGGCGGCCACCACUGCCAUUAAUCACAGUAGCAGUAGCAACCAUAGUAGCAGUAGUGCGGGCUUUAAUAUCCACCAGAACCAUAACCACCACCAUCACCACAACAACAACAACAAUAGUACCCUUGCCAACAACAACAACAACAACAGCGGCAGCAGCAGCAAUAGCAAUAGCAUUAAGAGGCCCCUCCCCAUUCUGCUGACAACUCCCAAUCCCAAUCCCGCUGCCCAUCCAACCACGACAAGCACCACCACGACGGCCGCAACCACAACGCGCUCCACGCGACGUGUGGCGGCGGCCAACAAGGCCGGACCCUUUGCACAGAAGCGUCGUAAGCCCGGGAGGAGCAGCCGCAAGCUGCCCACAAAGGCGGCCGGCGAGACGUCUGCCUCCAGCGGAUCCUCUCUGCCCAUUGGCUCCUCCGCGGCGUCUACAGCUGCCGCCAUACGUUGCGUGGACAGUGCCAGUCUGACGAACAUGCAGCUGCAGUUGCCGGCCAAGACGAUUAAGCUGGAGAACUUUGAGUAGAAGUCCGUAGCCGUAGACCCGUUGACCCGUACACCCGUAGUUACGUAGACCCCACCCAGAUAUACAUAGAUACAGAUACAGGCAACCUCUCGAAUCUAGUCAAGAAGCGGCUUUGCACAACAAACACCCAACUCAUACGCAGCAUUUUGCUAACACAUAGACACACCUCACACACAGAUACACACACUUGCCAUCUAUACUUAUACUUAGAAAAAACACAUUGUGAAUGCCAGAAGAAACGAGGCGAGGAAAUUAAGCAGGAAAAGUAGGAAAAGUUCCUGGAAUAACGUGGAAUAGAAUUUAUUUGAAUUCGGAUCGGAAGAAUCUUCGAUGAAUCGAAAAAAGAAAACACAAAAA